UUGAGCUUGUAUUUGGCGCUCAAGUCGAAUCUGAUCACUUCAGCGAAGUUGUUCCUCGUAGUGUGUGCUCUCGAAUUGGAAAGAAAACCUUCAAUCAAGGCCAACAUGUCUGAAACCGAAGCCAAGAAGGACGUCGCCACCGAGGAGAAGACCGCCGAGGAGCUCAAGGGCACCAAGCGCGCCGCUGACGCUGAGGCUGAUGAUGCUUCCAAGAAGCUGAAAAAGAAUGGCGCCGACAAGGAAGAGAAUGGUGAUGAUGAGGAGAAUGGCGAGGAGGAGGAGGACCUCGACGAAGAGGACGAGGAGGGCCUAGGGGACGAAGAAGAGGGCGAAGAGGAUGUGGACGAGGAGGGCGAGGGUGAAGAGGGAGAAGAUGACGACGGUGAGGGUGAAGAGGAAGAGGAGGACGAUUAAAUAUCAAUAAUCUCGGAAAUGUCCAUCCAAGAAGAGACGUACAAAAACCUUGUUGGCGGGUGCCGUGGGUCCCCAUCCAAAGCCAACCUUCGCAUCAACCGCCAAACAAUGACGAAUUGUUAAUAAAACACUUUCUCUAGCAAACAACCAUAACAUUUUCUGACCCCAACAACAAGAACCACCACAAACAUACAUCCAUCAAUACCCGUGUCAAUCUAUCCCCCCGCCAAUCAAUCCCAGGAACCAACUAUCACUUGUACCCACACUCGAAUUAAGGAUCUCGAUGUCUGCCCGUGACUGGUCGGUGCGGGCAGUCCGCAUUCAACCCAAGAUACCAUCUGUUCCUUUUGACCUCUCUCUCACUAUUUGGGGAAGAAAAUGCGCAUCUUUCCCAUUCUCUCAGACAUAUUUAACCUCCGCUACCCACACAUGGCAACAUGAGAUGAUGAGGCGAAUGAAUGGCUCAAUGGGCUUCUCUCGCAGAUUUAGAAACCCAAGAUAUCCCCCUCCUCGAAAUGAACAUCAAUAUUAUCAUCAUCCUCUCAAUUCUCCUUUUUAUGUCAUAAUUUUUCAGUAUUCUGUGUAUUGAAAACAUAAAAAAAAAUAGAACAAAAAACCGAAAAAUGCCAA